UCAUUCGUCUCUGUCCGGACUAUGUUCUAUGCUGUAUUUAGGUCAUUAUUGUCCCCAGUAAUGAUUGGGGUGGUCAAGGACUCUUGGGCUGUGAUGUAGGAUACGGAUACCUCCAUCGGUUGCCAAAGGAUCCUAUGCAACAUCGGGUAGCAAGUAGAUCAGCGAAGGUGAAGGAAAAAGGCCCGAUAGAGUCGAAAAAGCAUAAAGAGAGCAAUUUGUCAUCAUCUACUUCAUCAGAAAAGAAGGAUUUGAGCACUACCGCGGAGCAUGUUCAGCAGGAAAGGGCCUCCGCAGUCCAAGAUUCUGUCUCUCCAGUGCAGGCAUCUGUGGGGAACAACAAUGAUUAUUCAGCAGAGCAUUUGACUACUUCUUUCCCAACGACAUCAUCAACAGAUGAACCUCACCCGACUCAAACACACAUACGCGCCAUUUCUAGUUCUUGUUCCUCCUCCAGCAGUGGCGGCUCUUCAAACCCUUUGUUUGUUGAUGGUGUAGAGAAGCAAAAAGCUGAGGUUACUGCUUCUGUGGAUUCUGAGCCUUCAUCUCCGUCACAGCCACAGCCACAUUUGAACUUUAAGGGUCAGCAGGGAGAAGACAUAAAGAAAGAAUUGUCAUCAUCGCCAGAGAAUACUCCACGACGUAUGCCUCCACCAGCGAUGGCAGCCAGGAUGAUGCGCGGAGGUAUUCAUGGCAGGGGUGGAGGUCGUGUUGGUCAUGAUGGACAUUCCAUACGUACAAAGAUAUCCUUGGAGACCGCUCAGCAACAAGCACAACAGUACUCUGCAGAAUAUCGUGAUCAAAAGGCACAGUUAGAUUCAGAGGAGCAUGAGCAUGAGCAUGAGCAUGAGCAUGAGCAUGAGAAGGAAAAGGAAAAGGAGAAGAAGAAGGAAGGAAAGAAGGCAAACAUCGAUAGUAAGAGUGAGCUUCUUCCUCCUACACAAGUCGAGGCAGGAGUACGCUCACAACAUCUGGAUACUCGGACUAAGCGAACAGGAGACCAAUCUCCAGAAGGACCUCCAGUGUCUCCGGGUGUAGACUUUAGAGAUCGCGAUCAUGAGGUGGAGGGUAUGAUCCGUCAUAUGGCUCUUGGCGCAUCCGUGUUUACUAUCUGAUCGUUAGGUCUAUCCACCUGACCACACCCAGUUA